AUGCGACAACCUCAAUAUCCGAAUAUUAAUUUCGGUCCAUCGAUUCCACCACCACUACCACAGGUACCACCUUCAUCGAAUACACCUCGUAUUGGUUUUAAUAUUGAUACUGGUACUAAAUCACCAUUUAUUGAUCCAUUUCCACAAGUACCUAGUGCACAAGAUCAUUCAACACCGCCACCACCACCUCCAGCAAUGAAUGAUAGCUCAAAUGAUCCUGGUUUUGAUGAUUUAGCUCGUCGAUUUGAAGAGUUAAAAAAGCGAAAAUAA